GCUUCGGCCUCGAAACCCAACCCUCCAACUCGUCCAUCAAGGUAUCAACGUCGAAUCAAUCGCUCAGAAACGCCCUACAAUGUCUACCCAACCCACCGGCACCCGCAAGACGUACGAAGCCAACUGCCACUGCGGCAACAUCCGCUACACCGUCACCCUCGACGAUGCCCUGUACCCCGAAGGCAAGGCGAAGAUCAACCGGUGCAAUUGCUCCAUCUGCACCAAGAAUGGCUACCUCCUCGUCUACCCCAAGCGCGAAGACGUGGUGUUCCAAAACGACUCCGAGGCGCGGCUGAAGGACUACUUUUUCGGCAAGAAGAAUAAGCCGCAUCGCUUUUGCCCGGAGUGCAGCAGUAGUGUGUUGAUUGACUUCAAGAACUCGGAUGUGCCUAACCAGAGGGGCGAAUUGGCGAUAAAUGCUCGUCUUUUCAAGGAUAUCGAUUUGGACAAGGCGGCUUAUACUACGUAUGAUGGGAGGAAUAAGCUUGGUCCUGUGUAUCAGAACUAGUUGAGUUCUAAAGAACCAUAGACAGUUCAUUUCAGCAUGUUCUUCUGUUUAGCAGGUCAGAUUGUCAUCAAACUCCCUAGACGGCUUUUUCUCUAUCGUCUGUCAAGAGGAGUAAGCCCUCGAGACGAUCGUCUCCCCAU